AUGAGAAUUUACUGUGUGACCCAUAGAGAGGAUGUGAUUGACCCACCACAAGUGCUAAAACCCAGUAAUGUCAGUAAUUCAUUCUUCCUGAGGUGUGUUACACAAUUGGAAAUCCUGAAAACCAUUUCCAACUUAAAAGCAAAUACAUCCAGUGGCUGGGAUGACAUCUCAUACAAAUUUGUGAGAGGGUGCUGUACUGAAUUAAUAAAGCCACUACAAUAUUUAAUAAACAGCUCUUUCAGUCAGUGGUCUUUUCCUGACUUGUUAAAAGUCACUGAAAUAAGACCAGGACACAAAAAGAGAAUAACUACAGAUGUGCAAAAUUAUAGGUCUAUUUCAUUGACAUCAAGGCUACUUCUUGAUCAGCUCGAAUCAUUUUUCUGCAAGUACAAUGUGCUAAAAAGCUCUCAGCACGGUUUCAGGAAGGACAGGCCUAUAAUAACAGCAGUAGCUACAUUUUUUCAAGCAGUACUGGAUAAACUUGAUGAUGGAAACAAAGUUAUUGCCACCUUUUAA